GAAGCCUCGGGGAGCCGCCUUCUCGCCGGCGGUAGGGGCUGCGGGGCGCCCGCCAGCCUCUGGGUCCCCUCUCCUGCCUGGCCCGCCCCGCCUGGGCCGGCAGGAGCCCCGGCACUAGGCAGCCCGCCGAGGGUCCCCGCGCCAGCCAAGGUGGGAUGGGGGCCCACAGCCACCGCCAGGAGCCCGAGAGGCCACCUGCGUGCUAGAGGCAAACUUUUGUCUCCCUCGGGUUACCGCCCAGGACGAUGAGCGGCUGAGAUGGAGACAUCUGCCUCAGCCACUGUCUCUGAGAAGCAAGAAGCCAAAAGUGGGCUCCUGGAGGCCGCUGGCUUCCCCGACCUGGGCAAAAAGGCCUCUCCUCUGGUGGUGGCCGCAGCGGCAGCAGUGGUGGUUGCCCAAGGAGUGCUGCAGCACCUCUUACCACGGUUCCAUGCGCCCCUACCCAUUGAUAUGCGACACCAGGAGGGAAGGUACCAUUACGAGCCUCAUUCUGUCCACGGUGUGCACGGGCCCCCCGCCCUGAGCGGCAGCCCUGUCAUCUCUGACAUCUCCUUGAUCCGGCUUUCCCCACAUCCGGCUGGCCCUGGGGACUCCCCCUUCAACGCCCCCCACCUGUAUGUGAACCCCCACAUGAAGCACUACCUCCGUUCCGUGCACAGCAGCCCCACGCUCUCCAUGAUCUCUGCAGCCAGGGGCCUCAGCACCGCUGAAGUGGCCCAGGAGCACCAGGAGAGGGGUCUGUUUGGCCUGCCUGCUCCAGGCACCACCCCCUCAGACUAUUACCACCAGAUGACCCUCAUGGCAGGCCACCCCGCACCUUAUGGGGACCUGCUGAUGCAGAGCGGGGGUGCUGCCAGCGCACCCCAUCUCCAUGACUACCUCAACCCAGUGGACGUGUCCCGUUUCUCCAAACCUCGGGUGACGCCCCGCCUGAGCCGCAAGCGUACGCUGUCCAUCUCUCCACUCUCAGACGCCAGCCUGGACCUUCAGCGGAUGAUCCGCACCUCACCCAACUCGCUGGUGGCCUACAUCAACAAUUCCCGCAGCAGCUCAGCGGCCAGCGGCUCCUUUGGGCACCUGUCGGCGGGCACCCUCAGCCCAGCCUUCACUUUCCCUCACCCCAUCAACCCCGUGGCUUACCAGCAGAUUCUGAGCCAGCAGAGGGGUCUGGGGUCAGCCUUUGGACACACACCACCCCUGAUCCAGCCCUCACCCACCUUCCUGGCUCAGCAGCCCAUGGCCCUCACCUCCGUCAAUGCCAUACCCACCCAGCUCAGCAGCAGCAGCAACUGUCUGAGUGACAACCAGAACAAGCAGAGCAGUGAGUCGGCUGUGAGCAGCACCAUCAACCCCGUCGUCAAGCGCAGCAAGGUCAAGACCGAGCCUGAGGGCCUGCGGCCGGCCUCCCCUCUGGCAUUGACGCAAGGCCAGGUGUCCGGACACGGCUCAUGUGGGUGUGCCCUUCCCCUCUCCCAGGAGCAGCUGGCUGACCUCAAGGAAGACCUGGACAGGAAUGACUGCAAGCAAAAGGCUGAGGUGGUCAUCUAUGAGACCAACUGCCACUGGGAAGACUGCACCAAGGAGUAGGACACCCAGGAGCAGCUGGUGCACCACAUCAACAACGAGCACAUCCACGGGGAGAAGAAGGAGUUCGUGUGCUGCUGGCAGGCCUGCACGCGGGAGCAGAAGCCCUUCAAGGCACAGUACAUGCUGGUGGUGCACAAGGGGCGGCACACGGGCGAAAAGCCCCAAAAGUGCACGUUCGAGGGCUGCUCGAAGGCCUACUCACGCCUGGAGAACCUGAAGACGCACCUGCGGUCCCACACCGGGGAGAAGUCAUAUGUGUGUGAGCACGAGGGCUGCAACAAGACCUUCUCCAACGCCUCGGACCGCGCCGAGCACCAGAACCGCAUCCACUCCAACGAGAAACCCUACAUCUGCAAGAUCCCAGGCUGCACGAAGCGAUACACAGACUCCAGCUCUCUCCUGAAGCAUGUGAAAACGGUCCACGGCCCAGACGCCCACGUCACCAAGAAGCAGCGCAACGACGUGCACCUCGGCACACCGCUGCUCAAAGAGAACGGGGACAGUGAGGCCGGCGCCGAGCCUGGCGGCCGUGGUUCUGAGGACAGCGCCGAGGCCAGCAGCACCAGCCAGGCUGUGGAGGACUGCCUGCACGUCAGAGCCAACAAGACCGAGAGCUCCAGGCUGUGUCAGUCCAGCCCCGGGGCCCAGUCAUCCUGCAGCAGCGAGCCCUCUCCCCUGGGCAGUGCCCCCAACAAUGACAGUGGCGUGGAGAUGUCGGGGACCCGGCCCAGGAGCCUGGGAGACCUGACGGCGCUGGAUGACACACCUCCAGGGGCCGACACCUCAGCCCUGGCUGCCCCCUGCCUCCAGCUGCGCAAACGCAUGACCACCAUGCACGGAUUUGAGCAGCUCAAGAAGGAGAAGCUCAAGUCACUCAAGGAUUCCUGCUCAUGGGCCGGGCCGACUCCACACACGCGGAACACCAAGCUGCCUCCCCUCCCGGGAAGUGGCUCCAUCCUGGAAAACUUCAGCGGCAGUGUGGGCGGCGGGCCCUCGGGCCUGCUGCCCAAUCCGCGACUGUCAGAGCUGUCCGCCAGCGAGGUGACCAUGCUGAGCCAGCUGCAGGAGCGCCGCGAAAGCUCCACCAGCACGGUCAGCUCGGCCUACACCGUGAGCCGCCGCUCCUCCGGCAUCUCCCCCUACUUCUCCAGCCGCCGCUCCAGCGAGGCCUCGCCCUCCGCAGACUCCUACGACCCCAUCUCCACGGAUGCGUAGCGGCCCUCGAGCGAGGCCAGCCAGUGCAGCGGCGGCUCCGGGCUGCUCAGCCUCACGCCGGCGCAGCACUACAGCCUGCGGGCCAAGUACGCAGCGGCCACGGGCGGCCCCCCACCUACCCCGCUGCCAGGGCUGGAGCGCAUGAGCCUGCGGACCAGGUCGGCGCUGCUGGAUGCGCCAGAGCGCGCGCUGCCCCCCGGCUGCCCACGCCCGCUGGGGCCGCGGCAUGGCAGCGAUGGGCCGACCUAUGGCCACGGCCACGCAUAAGUCGCACCCGCCUUCCCUCACGAGGCUCCGGGGGGCGGCGCCAGGCGGGCCAGCGACCCUGUGCGGCGGCCCGAUGCCCUGGCCCUGCCGCGGGUGCAGCGCUUCCACAGCGCCCACAACGUGAACCCCGGCCCGCUGCCGCCCUGUGCCGACAGAUGAGGCCUCCGCCUGCAGAGCCAGCCGAGCACCGACGGCGGCCUGGCCCGCAGCACCUACUCGCCCCGGCCGCCCAGCAUCAGCGAGAACAUGGUGAUGGAGGCCGUGGCGGCAGGAGCCGACAGCGCGGGACCGGAGGCCGACCUGGGGCUGCUGGAGGACGACCUUGUGCUGCCCGACGAUGUGGUGCAGUGUAUCAAGGCGCACGCCAGUGGCGCUCUGGAUGAAGGUGCCCGGCAGGUGUAUCCCACGGAAAGCAGUGGCUUCUCUGACAACCCCAAACUGCCCAGCCCGGGGCUGCACGGCCAGCGGAGGAUGGUGGCUGCGGACUCCAACAUUGGUCCCUGUGCCCCUGUGCUGGGAGGAUGCCAGCUGGGCUUUGGGGCACCCUCCAGCCUGAACAAAAAUAACAUGCCUGUGCAGUGGAACGAGGUGAGCUCCGGCACAGUGGACGCCCUGGCCAGCCAGGUGAAGCCUUCACCCGUUCCUCAGGGCAACCUGGCGGUGGUGCAGCAGAAGCCAGCCUUUGGCCAGUACCCAGGCUACAGUCCACAAGGCCUACAGGUGAGUCCUGGGGGCCUGGACAAGCAGCCACACCUUCAGCUCCGCAGCAGAGCCCCUUCCCAGGGCAUGCCCAGGGUAAACUACAUGCAGCAGCUGCGACAGCCAGCGGCAGGCAGCCAGUGUCCUGGCAUGACUACCGCUAUGAGCCCCCAUGCCUGCUAUGGCCAAGCCCACCCCCAGCUGGGCCCUAGCACCAUCAGUGGGGCCCUCAGCCAGUUCACCCCAUCCUGCAGCAGCAUGCCAGCCAAGCCAGUCCAGCUGGGACACCCACAGCAGACGGAAGUUGCACCUGACCCCAUCAUGAUGGACAACUGCCACAGGGAACUCGGGGUCCUCAAUUCAGCCCUGGCUGGAGUGCCACCACCUCACCCAGUCCAGAGCUACCCACAGCAGAGCCAUCACCUGGCAGCCCCCAUGAGCCAGGAGGGCUACCACCAGGUCCCCAGCCUUCUGCCUGCCCACCAGCCUGGCUUCAUGGAGCCCCAGCCAGGCCUAAUGGGAGUGGCUACAGUAGGCUUUGGCCUAGUGCAACCCCGGCCUCCGCCCGAGCCCAGCCCUGCUGGCCGCCACCGUGGGGUACGUGCUGUGCAGCAGAAGCUGGUCUAUGCCAGGGCCACAGGCCAUGCCAUGGCUGCCAUGCCAUCCAGUCAGGAGACAGCAGAGGCUGUUCCCAAGGGAGCAAUAGGCACCAUGGGGUCAGCGCCUCCCCAGCUGCCUCCACCAGACUCAGGGAGGCCCCCGGACCACAGCAUGCUCUACUACUAUGGCCAGAUCCACAUGUACGAACAGGAUGGAGGCCUGGAGAACCUCGGGGGCUGCCAAGUCACGCGGUCCCAGCUACCACAGCGACAGACCUGCCAGGACAACAUCCAGCCCCAGCCCUUGCCCUCACCAAGGGUCAACCAAGUGUCCAGCACUGUGGACUCCCAGCUCCUGGAGGCCCCCCAGAUUGACUUUGAUGCCAUCAUGGAUGAUGGCAAUCACUCGAGUUUGUUCUCGGGUGCUCUGAGCCCCAGCCUCCUCCACAAUCUCUCCCAGAACUCCUCCCAACUCACCACCCCCCGAAAUUCCCUGAGGCUGCCCUCCAUCCCCGCAGGCAUCAGCAACAUGGCUGUCGGGGACAUGAGCUCCAUGCUCACCAGCCUCGCGGAGAGCAAGUUCCUGAACAUGAUGACCUAGAGCCCCGAGCACCUGGCGCUGAGUGCACCCAGAGAGGUCAUCGCUGCCCAGAGCCUAGGGGUUCCAGCUAUUUUGUCUUUUUCCAAAAAAGUGUUAAAUACGCAUGGGACCACUCUGUUCCGGCUUCCUCAUGGCUGACAUUUGACUAAAGAGGAAUUAGUCUGGCCAAAGGCUUUCCAAGGAUAUGCAGAAAGAGGGUAGGGAGCAUUUGGGUUUGAAUCUGAAUGCCAUACUGGAUACUCUGAAAAUGUAAGCUUCUUCUGCUACUUGGCAGGAAAAGGAAUUCCUGGUCCCACCUGAAUUCCUCUAUGAAGCCUAACUCUUGAGGUCUCCAACAUCCCUUGUCAUAGAGGAAAAGUACAGA